GCGCGCGGGUCACGUGGCGCGGGGCGGAGCCUGCACGAGGCCGGCCGGAGCGUGUCGGGAGCCGGCGCCGAGGCCCGAGCUGCGGGAGCAGAGCGAAGGCAGCGCCGAGGCCGCCGCGCCCCGCCGGGCCUCCCCCGCCGCCGCCAUGGGCAUCAAAUUUUUAGAAGUUAUCAAACCUUUUUGUGCAGUUCUACCAGAAAUUCAGAAACCUGAAAGGAAAAUCCAGUUUAGAGAGAAGGUAUUAUGGACUGCUAUAACUCUCUUCAUUUUCUUAGUGUGUUGUCAGAUACCACUAUUUGGAAUCAUGUCAUCAGAUUCUGCAGAUCCUUUCUACUGGAUGAGAGUUAUUCUUGCAUCCAACAGAGGUACUUUAAUGGAAUUGGGUAUCUCCCCAAUUGUCACAUCAGGUUUGAUUAUGCAGUUGUUAGCUGGAGCCAAAAUCAUUGAAGUUGGAGAUACACCCAAAGAUAGAGCUUUAUUCAAUGGAGCCCAGAAACUAUUUGGUAUGAUCAUUACCAUUGGGCAAGCCAUUGUGUAUGUCAUGACGGGGAUGUACGGGGACCCUGCGGAAAUGGGUGCUGGGAUCUGUCUCCUUAUCAUUAUUCAGUUGUUUGUUGCUGGUUUGAUUGUGCUGCUGUUAGAUGAGCUGCUACAGAAAGGUUACGGCUUGGGGUCUGGUAUUUCCCUCUUUAUUGCCACCAACAUCUGUGAGACCAUUGUCUGGAAGGCCUUUAGUCCCACUACCAUUAACACUGGCAGAGGUACCGAAUUUGAGGGGGCAGUCAUAGCUCUGUUUCAUCUGUUGGCCACCAGGACAGACAAAGUCCGAGCUUUACGGGAGGCUUUUUAUCGGCAGAACUUACCCAAUCUCAUGAACCUCAUUGCUACAGUUUUUGUGUUUGCUGUUGUCAUAUAUUUUCAGGGAUUUCGUGUUGACUUGCCCAUUAAGUCGGCCCGCUAUCGAGGGCAGUACAGCAGCUACCCCAUCAAGCUCUUCUACACCUCAAACAUUCCCAUUAUCCUCCAGUCUGCCUUAGUUUCAAACCUGUAUGUUAUUUCCCAGAUGCUGUCUGUUCGAUUUAGUGGCAACUUUUUAGUAAAUUUACUGGGACAGUGGGCCGAUGUCAGUGGGGGAGGACCUGCUCGUUCUUACCCAGUUGGAGGCCUUUGUUACUACCUUUCUCCUCCUGAGUCCAUGGGUGCCAUAUUUGAGGAUCCUGUCCAUGUAGUUGUUUAUAUCAUCUUCAUGUUGGGAUCAUGUGCAUUCUUUUCUAAGACAUGGAUAGAGGUGUCUGGUUCCUCAGCCAAAGAUGUAGCUAAACAGCUUAAAGAACAGCAGAUGGUAAUGAGGGGUCACAGAGAUACUUCUAUGGUUCAUGAGCUUAAUAGGUACAUCCCCACAGCAGCUGCAUUUGGCGGUUUGUGCAUUGGCGCCCUGUCGGUGUUAGCCGACUUCCUAGGGGCCAUCGGCUCUGGCACUGGAAUUCUGCUUGCAGUCACUAUUAUUUAUCAGUAUUUCGAAAUAUUUGUUAAGGAACAGGCUGAAGUUGGCGGGAUGGGCGCUUUGUUUUUCUAAAUGUUCAAGUAUUUCUUUUUGUGCGUGUGAAAGGGAAAUACUUUGACACUUUUUUUCAAAUAAUGCUGGUGGUUUCCCCUUUUUCUCCCCCUCACAGUUUGUCUUCAAGUGCUGACUGUCCCACUUCUGAAAUGGGCACCGAGCUAAGCCUGUGUGCAGCAUCAGUACCAGCUGCCUUAAAACUAAAGUUUACAUUAUUCAUUAAAAAAUGUACAUCUAGUGUUGCCUGUAAUGCCGGAAACCAGUGUGUCUACCUUGCUGUGUUCAAUCAUGACAGUGAGAUGGUGACAUGGGUUAGUUUUGCACACAACAUUCAAAACACUUGCUAUUCCCCCUACUUGUUUAAAAAUAAAUGUAGUUCAAAUUGCCACUUUCCAGUAUUUUUGAGCUUAUUUAAUGAGUUCUGGAACAUUUAUAUCUAAUCUAUAUUUUAGAUAAUUACUUUUUAUACUUUUUUAACUCAUAGUAUCCCCAUACCCCCUCUUUUUAUUUGUCCCUUUUCAAAGCAGCCAUUUAGCCCAGAUGGGCAAAAUCAUGCAUCAAGUUACUUCUGUCACUAGAAACAACUGCUUCAAAUUCUUCUUCCUGUUUUUCAUUCCUCCUUUCUUCCCAGUGACAGCAUAAUCAGUGCUGUUGGACUGUAUUGGCUAUGCCUUCUAACUCCAACCAGUCACUUGAGAAUACUCUUUCAAGAUAUUAUGCCCCAAUUCUUUUCUUUUUUUUUUUUAAAUCUGUAAAGCAAAGAUCUAAUUCUCAAGCAAUGUCUGUAGUUCAGUGGGGGUGAACAAUGAGUAAUUCAUGCUAGGAAUUUGUGUAUGUUGUUGUACUUACAGCAGCAACAUGAGUGUAAACCGUAGACAAUAAACUUUUAUUUAA